CACUUAUUUGAUAGAUUAUCUUUCAUUCCAAUUCUGAUUUUUUCCCCCCCUCCUUUUAAACUCUUCUGGUUCCUGUGGCUGAGAUUAAUUUGUUUGUGCAUCUUUUUAUAUCAUGUACGAUGUAACAGUAAUUACUGGAGUUUUGUGGGCUAGAAUUUUAUGCAUAAAAUUGGGUGCUUCAGUGAGCCUUUCACAGUCACGCUCGGGAUUAGGUUUUUAACUUGGCUGUGAAUGUAGUUUAUUUAGUGUUGGACCUUAAAUAUCUUUUUGAUUGUUGGUGAGGGCGUCAGAAACUUCAGAGUAAUAGCAAUAGGAAAAGGGUUUCCCUGCUAAGCUUUUGCAUCCCGUGUUUUCAAGAGGUGAUUAUUUUCUAAUCACCUGCUGGUGAUCUUGAACCCUGAUAAAUAACCAUAAACCCUCUAUCUUAAUGGAAUCUACUGUUGUCCGACUGUUGCUUUCUUCAUUGAAUUUUACCGAGGCUGGCAAUUCACAAGAGCGCGUGUGUUUUGAAUUCUGAAGCAAAUCUUCAUUCAAUUCUUGCCUAUCUCAGAGUUUUGGGAGUUUAUCAGUAUUCUUGUUCUGCUUCAGCUCCUUGGAAUUAGUCACUUUAUACUAGCACUUAUUAUCCAACAUAUCACGCUCAUCCCCACCCGUUAUUUAGCAGAUCACCAAAGUUAAUAGCACUGCUCUCCAUGGGGAUAUUCUAGAAUUGUUUUCCCAUCACGCAAAUCGGAGAAUUUGUGGAAUUUAAGAUGGGUUUAACCUAGAUCUUAGAGCAGUUAGCUAGAAACCUUUUGGUUAUUACUAUAAUAAAACUCUAGUCGGUUCAAGCAAGACUUGAUGACUGUGGAUGAAGUGGGUAGUAGCUCUGUGUGGAGCAGAGAGCAAGAUAAAGCAUUUGAAAAUGCCCUAGCAACUCAUCCUGAAGAUGCAUCAGAUCGAUGGGAGAAGAUUGCAGCUGAUGUACCAGGGAAAACUGUAGAAGAGAUUAAACUUCACUAUGAGCUCUUGGUUGAGGAUCUUAACCAGAUCGAAUCUGGUUGUGUGCCUAUACCUUCUUAUAAUUCUUCUUCAGAGGGGUCAACCAGCCAUGCUAGUGAUGAAGGCUUGGCCAAGAAGGGUUCUGGGCAUUAUAACAGUGAGUCUAAUCAUGGAACUAAGGCUUCAAGAUCAGAUCAGGAACGGCGAAAGGGUAUUGCUUGGACAGAAGACGAACACAGGCUAUUUCUUCUUGGCUUGGAGAAGUAUGGAAAAGGUGACUGGCGAAGUAUAUCUAGGCACUUUGUGGUGACUAGAACGCCCACUCAAGUAGCAAGCCAUGCUCAAAAAUACUUCAUUCGUUUGAACUCGAUGAAUAAAGAUAGAAGAAGAUCCAGUAUACAUGAUAUCACCAGUGUGAACAACGGAGACAUUUCAGCUCCUCAAGGACCCAUCACUGGUCAAACAAAUGGUUCUUCUACAUCCAAUGCUGCUGGGAAGUCAACCAAACAAGCCCCUCAAACUCCAAACGGACCUCCUGGUGUAGGAAUAUAUGGUACUCCAACUAUUGGGCAACCUAUAGGAGGACCCCUUGUCUCUGCAGUGGGCACCCCAGUAAAUCUUCCUGGACCAGCACACAUGGCAUAUGGGGUCCGAGCACCAGUGUCCGGCACAGUUGUUCCCGGUGCCCCAAUGAACAUGGGUCCAAUGCCAUACCCUAUGCCACACACAUCUGCUCAUAGGUGAGGUUCUAGUAUUGGUAUUUUAAGGCCAUAUGUACAAAGAAACAGCAGACUAGCAGGCCUAUUCACUUUAAUUUAAUUCUUUCGCUAGACAGUUGAGUAUAUCAUGCUUGAUCAGUGAUAUUCAAAUAAGCUUAAGCUUCACUACGGUGAAGCACUGGAAUGAAAUGCACAUGAAUCUUUAUCAGCUGCACUAGAGUCCUUGGCAGUCCUGCCACGUGAUACCAUAAAAGGAUUGGUUGCUCUGUAGAUCUUUAAAUUGAUAUUUUGUUCAUAGAAUUUUCUCCUUA